GUCUCCAACUGACGGCAGCUCUAUCACCACCUUCCUCGCCCCGCCUUUCCCUCAGCCCACCACCAAUAGACCUCGUCUCCGCCACCACCCCCGUCGUCCCCACUCCUCUCCUACCCCUCGCUACUCGCUCCCGCUGCUAGCCUCUAAUCCACCAUGGCUGAGAAAAAUAAAAUUUUUUUUUAAUUUUUACUUGAAUCCCAUUCCUCACAAGUAUUUGCCAAGAACUAACUACUAAGUAGUGUAGCUAUAUCUCAGGCCAAAAUCCAUACGUAUUUCUUGUGUACCAUUCCUAGGCAUCAACCUUUUGGGCUCUUCCACUCCACCAUGGCUGUGGAAGAGAGAACCACGGCAACAGUGAGAGUCCAGAACAUACCCCAAUCAGGCAAUGCCAAGGACCUCUUAGCUUUCUUUGAAUCAACAAUCGGAGAAGACACAGUGUUUGCUAUUGAAAUCUUCUCAGAGCACAAGAAUUGGAAGUCCAGAGGUCAUGGGAAAGUCCAGUUUGAGACCCUUGAAGCCAAGAUCAAAUGUCUAUCUUUAUCAGAAAAAGGAAAGCUUUUCUUCAAAGGGUCUCUUUUGAGGUUAUCACAUUCAAUUGAUGAGGUGAUCUUCAGGCCGGUUGAGUCCAAGCUUAGGAUUAAGAAUGGGGUUUUGCGUACUGGGAUUUUGGUGAGAAAUGAUUGCAUGUCUGUUUUGGAGAGGUGGGAUGGUGUUAAAGCUUGGAUUAUGCCUGAAAGGAAUAUUCUUGAGUUUUGGUUGAGUCAUGGUGGCGAGAGUUAUAAGCUGGAAGUACAGUUUGGUGAUGUCUUGGAGAGCUGUGGGUGCUGUUUGGAUGGCCAGAAUCCCAAUGCUGUUCUUCUAAAGCUUAAACAUGCGCCAAAAAUAUACCAAAAAUUUUCUGGACCCAAUGUUGCUGCAAAAUUCAGUGCUGAUAGGUAUCAUACUUGCAAGGAGGAUUUUGACUUCAUCUGGGUUCGUACAACUGACUUUUCCAGUAUAAAGUCAAUUGGAUAUUCAUCAUCACUUUGUUUGGAAAUUGAGGAAGGGUUGUCAGGAUUGGACUUGUUCACCAAUCUGCCGUACUGCAGUCGGUUUUUCUUAGAACUAACUCUGGAAGAAGGAGAACAGUUUUCCACCACAUCUGAGCUAGUUCCACUAGUGAAAUGUUGUUCAGAUAUCAAAAUUACAUAUGAGAUCCUUUUCCAGCUUAAUUCCCUGGUUCAUACCCAAAAGCUUAGUCUUGGUGCAGUUAACAGUGAGCUGAUGGAGGUGCUUAGUGGUUUAGACAUGGAUAUUGCGAUGUCAAUUCUUCAGAAAAUGCAUAAGCUGGAGACUAUGUGUUACGAUCCUGUGUCAUUCAUCAACAAGAGGUUACAUGUUAUGGGUGAAAAUGCUAGCAAUCUUCGUUCAUCAUCUAAUGGGCGGCCAAAAAAUAAUAACAUGAUGACUUGUCAUAGAGUGCUUGUAACACCAUCAAAAGUCUACUGCUUGGGUCCUGAACUGGAAACCUCAAACUACAUCGUGAAGAACUUUGCUUCAUAUGCUUCGGAUUUCUUGAGAGUAACUUUUGUUGAAGAAGACUGGGGUAAACUUUCUCCUAGUGUUGUAAAUACAAGUUUUGGGAGAGGCUUGUUUGCCAAGAAUUACAAAACAAACAUCUAUCACAGAAUCUUGUCAAUCCUCAAAGAUGGGAUUGUCAUUGGUGAGAAACGAUUCCUUUUCCUGGCCUUUUCAGCUAGUCAACUACGCUCCAAUUCAGUUUGGAUGUUUGCUUCGAAUGAAAAUUUGAGAGCAGAGGAUAUAAGAGACUGGAUGGGCUGCUUCAACAAGAUCCGAAGCGUGUCAAAAUGUGCUGCAAGAAUGGGUCAGCUGUUCAGCUCCUCUUUGCAAACUCUAGAAGUACCACCCCAGCAAGUUGAGGUUAUUCCUGAUAUAGAAAUGACUACUGAUGGAGAGAACUAUUGCUUCUCAGAUGGUAUUGGAAAGAUUUCCCAAGGUUUUGCUAGACAGGUUGCCCAAAAGUGUGGAUUAAAUCAUACCCCCUCAGCAUUUCAAAUACGCUAUGGAGGCUAUAAAGGUGUGAUAGCUGUUGACCGAUACUCCUUCAGGAAGCUUUCUUUACGUAGUAGUAUGCUUAAAUUUGAAUCAAAAAACAGGAUGCUAAAUGUAACUAAGUGGAGUGAGGCCAUGCCUUGCUAUCUAAAUCGGGAGAUUAUUACCCUUUUGUCUACCUUGGGUGUAGAGGACCAAGUUUUUCUGGCAAUGCAAGAUGAGCAACUACAUCUGCUGGACAAGAUGUUGACACAUCGAGAGGCAGCAUUAGAUGUUCUAGCAAGCAUGGGUGUGAAUGAGACAAAAAGCAUUGUAGUUAGAAUGUUGCGUCAAGGUUUUGAGCCUGAAAUAGAGCCUUAUCUUUCAAUGAUACUUCAGUCUCAUCGUGAAAACCAGCUUUCUGAUUUAAGAAGCAGGUGCCGCAUAUUUGUUCCCAAGGGUCGGGUCCUCCUAGGGUGCCUAGAUGAAACAGGAAUUUUGGACUAUGGACAGGUUUAUAUCCGUAUAACCAUGACAAAGACUGAGUUACAAAGUGUUGAACAGAGUUUCUUUCAGAAGGUGGAUGAAACAACAGCAAUAGUUAAAGGGAAGGUUGUAGUGACGAAGAACCCGUGUCUUCACCCAGGGGAUGUUAGGGUCCUUGAGGCUGUUUAUGAGUUCUCUUUACAGGAAAGGGGUAUGGUGGAUUGCAUUUUAUUUCCCUUGAAGGGUGUAAGGCCUCAUCCAAAUGAAUGCUCUGGAGGUGAUCUUGAUGGUGACUUGUAUUUUGUGAGCUGGGAUGAAAAUCUCAUCCCCUUUCAAACAGUGACACCCAUGGAUUACAUUGAUCGUAGAAAGCGUAUUGUGGAUCAUGAUGUCACCUUAGAGGAAAUUCAAAGUUUUUUUGUUGAUUACAUGAUCAGUGAUACCCUGGGCACCAUCUCUACUGCGCAUCUGAUACAUGCAGAUCGUGAACCAGAUAAAGCUUUGAGUCCAAAAUGUCUUCAGUUAGCUACACUGCAUUCUAUGGCUGUUGACUUUGCAAAAACAGGGACUCCAGCUGAGAUGCCUAGGUUUUUGAAACCUAGAGAGUUUCCAGAUUUUAUGGAAAGGUGGGACAAACCUAUGUAUACGUCACAAGGAGCUUUGGGUAAACUUUACCGUGCCACAAUUGCAUCUAGAGUUCCUGGGAAGUCAAGCUUUGUUUUCUCAGCCAAGAUUGUCCAAGACGCUUAUGAUGAUGAGCUUCUGAUUGACGGUUAUGAGUACUUCCUUGGAACUGCUCAAUGUCACAAAGAGAUGUACGUGGACAAAAUCAGCACCUUGCUGACCUAUUAUGGAGCAGAGACCGAAGAGGAGAUACUGACUGGAAACUUGCGUAAUAAGUCGAUGUAUUUGCAACGGGACAAUAGGCGAUACUUUGAAUUGAAAGACCGCAUCUUAGUGGCUAUCAAAAGCCUGCAGAAGGAGGCUAGAAGUUGGUUUGAGAGCAGUUGCAGAGCAGCCGAGCAAAUGAAACUGGCAUCAGCAUGGUAUCAUGUCACCUACCAUCCAACAUAUUCCGAAGGAAGUGCUAAGUGCUUGGGCUUUCCAUGGAUUGUGGGUGAUAUUCUGCUGGACAUUAAGUCAAUGAAUAGCAGAAAGGUUUGUUCUUAAAAUCUUGUUAUUCCUGUUAACCAUACUGACCUCCAUGAAGAGAUGGCACUAUAACAAAGACUUGCCCGAAAUGAUGUAAAUAGCAAGUCUUAUGUGAAUUUGGUAUAUCUGUAACUUGGCACUCAAAACUGCAUCAGUGGCUACUUAUAUUGAAAGCUCCAAAUUCAAAUGUAUAAAGGAGUUCUAGUUCUAUUUUGUAA